AUGUUGGCCCGUUCCCUUUGGUCCCUUUGCUGGUUAGGUUCCACGUGUCUUGGCCUUGCCGAGUCCUUCAGUGAAGCUGAUUGCGAGGAAGAUGGCGCAGCCUACAUCCAAGUGGCGGCCGCCAAGGCCACAGCUCCCUCCACCGCGGCUUUAGCUCCGGCCGAGCGCUGCACGGUGGGUCUGGGCCAAACGGCCCGCUCGAUGAGGCAGAGAAUGGAUGAUGUCUUCUUUGAGCUCUAUGGUGCCAAGAUGGUCCGCGAUGGCAUGCAAAAGUUUGAGUAUCGACCCCAUUGGCCAGACAUGUCGGAGGAGGGAAGCCGGCAACGUGUGGAGAAGUUGAGCGCCUUUAAGGUGGAACUUGAGAGUGCCAGCAAGACUCCCCAAUUGCUCGGAGACAAGAACGCUUUGUCUCGGAUGCUCUACUUGGUUGAGGAGCGGCUCCGUGGGGAAGGAAUUGGUGGCGGAGCGUUGCCAGUUGCUUUGGCGAUGGAUCUGUUCAAUCAAGGUGUGGAAGCGGGGGACACACCAAUGUCAGGUGGCACGGGUGGAUUGCAAGUUCCCUUCUACUUCUAUCCGGGCAUCAUCCAGUUGCUGGACUUUGCUCAUAAGCAGGCUAAUGUAAAUUUGGCCCGCAAGCUGGAUAAAGACGAGACUGAGAAUCUUCUCAAGGGCCUCCAAUCUUUUCCAAGGUAUUUGCGGCAGUGGUCUGCGCUCUUGACCGCUUCUCAGAGCGCCAAUGUCAUCCCACAGCGGUCCAACUACAUGAGCUGGAACUACUUGGGCCCAGUGAAUUGGACGAAGAGCUUUCCUGAUCUAAAGAACCAAGAUCUGGUCCGUGAGCUCCAGAUCAGUCUUGCAGAGUUCCAGGAGAAGAUUCGACACUUUGAUCCGUUGAUCGAUCAAGUGUAUGGGAGCGAUCAAGAGUACGGCUAUUCAAUCUUGGGCAGCAUUGGUCAGGAGAUCUUCUUGUGGCGCUUGCUGGGCUGGGGUAUGAACUUCACUGCUGAACAUGCUUCCGAGUUGGCAAAAAGUGGCCGGGAAGAGGCGAAACAUCUCACUACGGAGAUUGUCCGCGGCUUCGAACAGGCUUUGGGACAGAGUAUGGAUGUGUCAGAUGUGUUGAAUCUGAUCAACAACCAGUCUGGCCCUUUGUACUACCAGCAUGUCAAAUUUUCCGACAUUGUCGCGAACCUGACUUUGGUGUACAACAACAUCCUGAAGAACACGUCCAAGGUCUUUGGGCUUUUGAGCAAUUGCAACACAGCCGUCUACAGCUGCUCAGAAGCUGCUCAAUUCUCGGAAAGUCUUGCCUGUGGAGGAACUCCAUUCCCGGCCUUUGGGCAAAACCCGCCGGUCUUCAACGAGCAUGGGCAGUGCGUGAGCCCGCAGCUGAUCAUCCUCGGUUGUUCUACAGCAUGCUCUGAGAACAUGACACAGGGUUUGGCCUGCAUGGACUACUUGAUCCCGCUCAUGACCUGUACUAUGAUUCAUGAAGGGUUGGGUCAUUGGAUUCAAGAAAGCCAAUUCUCACCUCCUGCGUGUGAUGUGGACCUGCCGGCCGUUGACACCUAUCAGGAGGGAUGGGGCACAUACACGGAGACCCUGGGAGAGGAACUGGGCCAGUUCGACAGCUCUUUGUGGGGGCAGCUGAGCAAAGUUGGAUUGUGGAUGGGCGCCGGUCUGCGGAUCUCCAGAUACUUCUUGGAACAUGAUGUGAACUACAAGAACAUGACACGCAGUGAAGCUGUGGUAGAAUGGAACACGUAUCCGUUCGCUUCGCCCACAACGUAUGAAUCCAACGCCAUGGACUUCAUUAUCGACACAUGCCAGAGGUCUUCGUAUUGGCCCACUUCAAAGAUUAUGAAGUCUCAGAGGAACCGGGCAGAGAAGGAACUGGGCGAGAAGUUCGACUUACCUCUCUUCAACCACUUCAUGGGUUCGCUACAGGACCAGUUGACCCAAGCACUGGUUGAGGAAGCUGCCCAGACCUUCAUUGACUGUAGCAGUGCAGGCAAUUGCUGGGGGCCUUAG